UCAUAUAUAUACAUAAACAUACAUACACAAAUGAUAUAUACACAGACCUAUAUACAUAUGCUCUACAUAAGGCCUUUACAAUUGCGUUGAAGCUUACGCAGUCUCACAUUAAAGCAACAACCUUUCUCUCUCUCUGAUUCUCUUGUCUGAGAAAUCUCAGUUUCAGAGCUUCAGGUUCUUUAUUCUUCGUCGUCUUCUUCUUCUUCAAAUCUGCAUGCUCGAUCUAGACGAUGAAUGUGCGUCGGAGUUUUGUGAUCGGAGAUUAAAAGCUUUAAACCUUUCGGAGUGAUCGCAGAGAGAGAGAGAGAGAAAAACAAUGCGGGUGAAGGAGCUGCAUCCUCUCUGCUGCAUCACUCUGGAGAGUCCACAUGGGAUUGAUGAUAAUAACAGGCCGCCGGUGACGAAUUUUACUAGGUCGAGGAGUCUACCGGCGACGUCGUUAGCCGGUGGAUCCAACCGGAGGAAAGUGACAUCGGUUGGAUCGGAGUCGGUGGCUGGGAUCUUACACAAGUGGACCAACUUCGGCAAAGGAUGGAGAUCUAGAUGGUUCCUCCUCCGCAACGGAAUCUUGUCUUACUCCAAGAUCCGGCGACCGGAGAACUUGAAUCUUCUCUCUUCUUCGGAAGAUGUGAGGCUCAUUGGAGAUGUCUCCGCCGGUCGUCUCUCGAGGAUGGAUAGUUCCAGUGGUCGCCGGAAACCAAAGAAAACCGUCGGCAUUGUUCAUCUCAAGGUUCUUGAUUUGAUUCUUGAUUUUCAAAAGGUUUCUUCUUUCAGAGAAAGCAAGUCUGAAGAUAGAAAGUUCUAUAUAUUCACAGCUACUAAGACUCUUCAUCUGAGGACUGAUUCUAUAAGUGAUAGAGCAGCUUGGUUACAAGCUUUAGCAUCUACAAAAUGCAUUUUCCCUCUCCGGUCACUUAAUGGUGAUUUCUCCUUCACCUCACCAAUGGAUUUGUCCAUAUCAACCGAGAGACUAAAGAAACGGUUGCACGAAGAGGGAAUAAACGAUAAUCUUGUAAAAGAGUGCGAGCAGAUCAUGCUCUCAGAGUUUUCUGAAAUGUAUGAACAAGUCAAACUUCUACAUGAAGAACGGACCAAUUUGUUUGACGCAUUGAGACAGCUAGAGACAGCUAAUCUUGAAGCUGAAGCAUCAGGGAACGAUGACAAUGGCUACCAAUUAACUAAGCAUGGAUUUUCAAGCCUAGGACGUGGAAAAUAUAGUGAAUGCAGCACAACUGCUUCAUCUGAUGAUAAACAAGAGUUUGAGGAUGUGUCCGAGGAAGAUGAGCCUUCCUUCCAUGACACAAAGGAGUACUUUAAUGAACCUAAUGUUGGUUCUGGAUCCAAUGGAUACACUGAUAUAAAGAGAAGAACAAAACUUCCUGAUCCAGCUGAAAAAGAGAAAGGUGUCAGUCUUUGGUCUAUGAUCAAAGACAACGUUGGAAAAGAUCUCACCCGAGUUUGCCUCCCUGUGUAUUUCAAUGAACCAAUAUCGUCCCUUCAAAAGUGCUUUGAGGACUUGGAGUACUCGUAUCUUCUUGACCGAGCAUAUGAACAUGGAAAAUCUGGGAACGGUCUCUUAAGAGCUUUAAACGUUGCGGCUUUUGCUGUCUCUGGAUAUGCUUCCACUGAAGGCCGUCACUGUAAGCCAUUCAACCCUUUGCUUGGAGAAACCUAUGAAGCUGACUUUCCUGAAAAGGGGAUUCGUUUCUUCUCUGAAAAGGUCAGCCACCAUCCAACAGUUAUCGCCUGCCACUGUGAAGGUAAAGGGUGGAAGUUCUGGGCUGACACUAACCUCAAGUCAAAGUUUUGGGGGAGAUCUAUUCAAGUUGAACCUGUAGGAGUUUUGACUCUUGAGUUUGAUGAUGGAGAAGUAUUUCAAUGGAGCAAGGUAACAUCAACUAUAUACAAUAUCAUACUAGGUAAACUCUACUGUGAUCAUCAUGGUGUGAUGCAAAUCCGUGGGAACCGCCAAUAUUCUUGUACCCUCAAGUUUAAGGAGCAAUCCAUUCUUGAGAGGAAUCCUCAUCAGGUAAAUGGUUAUGUAGAAGACGUGUCUGGCAAGAAAGCUGCAAUGGUGUUUGGUAAAUGGGAUGAUAGCCUUUACUAUGUUGCUGGUGAUGGAGUCAGCAAGACGAAAGUCAGUGAUCCCGCAUCAAAUGCCUUGUUACUAUGGAGAAGGACCAAACCACCGCCUAAUGUAACUAGAUACAACUUAACCUCAUUUGCCAUUACCAUGAACGAGUUAACACCUGGUUUGGAGGAGAUGCUUCCUCCCACGGACUCUAGGCUCAGACCAGAUCAACGGCAUCUAGAGAAUGGUGAAUAUGAGAAGGCAAACUUAGAGAAACAACGGUUAGAAAGAAGGCAAAGAAUGUCACGGCAACUUCAGGAAAGCGGGUGGAGACCGAGAUGGUUCGAGAAACAAGGAGAAAGUGAAACUUUCAAGUACACAGGAGGUUACUGGGAAGCACGAGGACGCAGGACUUGGUAUGAUUGUCCCAACAUCUUCGGUGAGUUCACAGAAGAGCAGCUAGCUGAUUCUGCUUAAAAAGAAACCUUCUAAGCUUCAUUUCCAGUUUGGUCUUCGCAGUGGAAUCCGAGAUCAUCUUCACAGGAGUGGUAAAACUGUUUUCAUUCACAAGCAUUACAAACAUCAAAAACCAGCUACCGAAGAAAGCAAUGAUUCCAGGUGUUUGUAGGAAAACGUAUGAGGGCCAAGGUUGAAGAGCAUUAGAAAAAGGAAGAUCGUAUACGUAACCUUGAUGACAAAACUCUAGCUUGGUAUAAAGAGUUUUCUUAUUUCAUAUCGUCAUAGGCGUUUGCCUUUUAUACAUAGUUGACCUAAUACAAGUUUAGUUAAUUUGCCUAUACAUCCUUAUAUAAAGAGUUAUUACAAACAAGGUCAUAACUCUCUCAAUACCCCCCUCAAGUUGGAGUGUGUAGAUCACAAACACCCAACUUGGAGAGAAAAGCUUCGAACUCCUUGCGUCCUAGAGCUUUUGUAAGGAUGUCUGCAAGUUGAGUAGUUGUCGAAACACGUUUAGGAGUUAUCACUCCUCGUAGUAUCUCAUCACGUAUAAAGUGACACUCCUUGCCAAUAUGCUUUGUUUGCUCAUGAAAAACUGGGUUCUUGCUCAAAUAGAUAGCUGACAUACUGUCGCAAUGAAGUGUAACCGACGCAGAACAAUCCACUCCAAGAGUGUCUAACAGAGCACGUAGCCAUAUAAUCUCACUUACUGUAUCUGCCAUAACGCGAUAUUCAGCUUCUGCUGAUGACCGCGAGACACGAUCCUGUUUGCGUGUUUUCUAAGACACCGGAGAGCUACCAAGCUGAAUAAACCAAGCAGUAAGAGACCGACGGCUAGAAGAACAAGCUGCCCAAUCAGAAUCACACCAAGCCGACAAACGAAGAUCAGAGUCAGAACGUAGCAAGAUACCCUGCCCCGGAUUGCCUUUCAGAUAUCGUACAACACGUAGUGCAGCAUCCCAAUGCUCAGUAGUCGGUUUAUGCAUAAAUUGCGAUAGACAGUGAAUGGCAUAUGAGAGGUCGGGACGAGUUACUCCAAGAUAUAUCAGUCGACCAACCAGUCGCCGGUAUUCUGAUGGAUUUGGUAAGAGGUCUGCUUCCGACUUCCCCAGCUGAUGAUUCUGUUCGAUAGGAUGAGAAGCUGGUUUGGCGCCAAGUAGACCAGAAUCUGCGAUGAUGUCAAGUACAUACUUACGUUGACAUAGAUAAAUCCCAGUCGGGUUUCGAGAAUUCCCAAAAAAUAUUUCAGAUGACCAAGAUCCUUCAUAUGAAAACAUGAGCUUAAAUAUUCUUUAAAUGCUUGUAUUGCUGCAGGAGAGCUCCCAGAGAUGAGUAAAUCAUCCACAUAGACGAGAACAUGAAGUCGGAUCUCACCCUCGACAAACGUGAAUAACGAGUAAUCUGAGACAUCCUGAAUGAAACCAUACGUUUUCAGAGAUUCAGAGAGCUUAGCGAACCAACAUCGAGGUGCCUGACGAAGCCCAUAAAGAGACUUAUGUAGACGACAUACUUGUGUCGUAUCAGGAGUUCGAAACCCGGGUGGGAAUUUGAUGUACACUUCUUCAUCCAAAUCCCCAUGUAAGAACGCGUUAUGGACGUCCAUUUGAUGGAUUUCCCAAUCACGUGAGGCGGCAACUUGUAGGAAAGAUCGGACAGUGACCAUCUUGCACACAGGUGCGAAAGUUUCUUCGUAAUCUAUACCUUCUGUCUGAUUAUUUCCGAGAACAACCAGUCGCGCCUUAUAUCGUUCAAUAGUCCCAUCAGCGCGAUAUUUAAUAGUGAAAACCCACUUGCAGCCUAAUGCUUUCUUACCAGCUGGUAACGUCACCACCGUCCAAGUACCUCUUUCUUCCAAGGCAUCAAUCUCGUUUCCAACUGCUCCACGCCAUCUCUCAUCAGUAAAGGCUUCAGCAUAAGACUUAGGGAUCUCACCAGAUGUAAUAGCGGCAAGAAAAGCCUGAUGAGCUGGAGAAAAACGAGAAGAAUCAAUAUAAUCAUCAAUCGGGUACCAAGACGACUCAGUGAAGUCACUGUCUGAUCCAGCAAGAGUCGUAUGUAUAACAUAGUCAUGUAGACGUGUAGACGGAAUUUUAUUCCGAUGGCCUCUGCCAAGUUCUGGCGCAUCGAUGUUCUGAGGUGACGAUGAAUCAGAGGAUAUGUCUGCAGCCACUGUUGGCGUCUGCAAGGACUCGGGAGAAGACAAAGGUGAAUUAUCUUGCUCAGGUUGUGAUGGAGAUUUUGAUCUAGGUGUACAGGAGAGAUCAUUACUGUUGUGGGGUUCAGAUGGAGGAACCAGUGUAGAUGGAGUUAUUGCAGGAGAGAUAGGGACCGGCAACGACUCAACUGGAACAGAAGAACCAGAAGUGGAACAAUCAAGCAGGGGAUGAUCAUCCUCGAAACUAGUUGGUUGUGAUGUCAACGGAGAUGGCGUAGAAGAAGACUUAUCCGUGAUUUGAUUUGCAAAUGGGAACUCAUUUUCCUUGAAAAUCACAUCACGAGAUGUAGAGAUCCUGCCAGAAUCAAGAUCAUACACAAGCCAGCCUUUCUGUCCAAAUGGAUAUCCAAUGAAAGCAGAACGAGUACCACGAGGAGCAAAUUUGUCCCCUCCAUGUCUCUGAUUAUGAACAUAACAUAAACUGCCAAAGACUCGCAGAUGCUCGAGUGGAGGAGGUCGCGAAUACAGAAGCUCGUACGGUGAUUUUCCUUUGAGAAUAGCCGUUGGUGUGCGAUUAAUCAAAUAGCACGCUGCAAGUACACAAUAUCCCCAAAAUUCAACAGGAAGGUUUGCUUGAAACCGAAGUGCUCUCGAGACAUUCAGAAUAUGUCUAUGUUUCCGCUCAGCCCUACCAUUUUUCUGUGGCGUGCCAACGCAAGAAGUUUCGUGGACAAUCCCUUUGUCUUUAAAGAAGUCUCGUAAGGCAACAAACUCAGUACCAUUGUCGCUACGAAGAAUCUUUACCUUACGUUCGAAUUGUCUUUCAACAAAUGCGAUGAAGUUUUUGAGAGUAGUCAUCGUUUUUGAUUUAUCCGGUAACAAAUAGAUCCAUAAAGCUCGUGAAAAAUCAUCAACAAUAGUGAGGAAGUAGCGUGAUCCACAUAAAGCUUGUGUCCGGUAAGGACCCCAUAGAUCACAAUGAACUAACUCAAAAACCUCAGUAGUUUUAUUAAUGCUUAUAGGAAAAGGAUCUCUGGAUUGUUUUGCUCGAAUACAAAUAUCGCAAGACUUCGAAUCAAAAGACAAAUUACUAGUAGAAUUGGGAAAACGCAUCAUCUCCAUUGCGGUAGAAGCUGGAUGUCCAAACCUGCGAUGCCACACUUCCAUUGCCGGUAUGGUCUGGACUUGUGUCACCGCUGCAACAGCCACUCCACAAAAGAAAUACAAUCCAUUGAGCUUCUUACCCGCUCCAAUCAGGGUUUGAGUGAUGCGGUCCUGAACAACACAAAUUCUAUCAGACAUCUGGACGAUACAGCCAUUAUCUUUAGCUAGCUGAGAAACAGAAAUAAGGUGACAAUCCAAUCCUUCAACAAGGAAAACGUUAAUCAUCUGUAGCUGAGAACCAAGAAAAACUUUUCCUUGUCGAUUUGUAGUAGUAAAUCGACCAUCAGGGAGUUUUAUACGCAUGGGAGCCAUAUCACAGAUAUCCGUAAGAAACUCGAGAGUCCCAGUCAUGUGAUUCGAGGCUCCAGAAUCGAUAAUCCAAGAUCCAGAAAAGUACAUACCUGAUAAGUGAUCAUAACCACCAGAAUUACGCUCGUUAAGCAUGUGAACAAGCGUCCUCCAUUGUUGAUCAUUCAGCCCUGUGAAGCCCACACGAUCAGCAUCAGUGAUGGCAGUCAUUGCUGAUGAAACCGGAGCCGUUGCAAGCAUCUGAUUCGCUCGUGCUUGUUCUGGACGACGUGUUGAUAAUGAGUUUUGAGGUGCAGAUUGCGAAGGAACAGAAUGCGAAGAACCAGAAGAUGUCCUGCGAUCGGGUUGUGUGGUUUGAGGUGGCUCACGAUAUCGACUUCCCCACCAGGUUGGAUAUCCAAUCUUGCGAAAACAGUUUUGCGCCAGAUGUCCAGUUCUCCCAGACAAAGUACACAGCGCCGAAGGAUCUUUGAGUUCAACUUGAUGACGUGGGCGAGAAGCUGAUGGUGCAGUCUGCAUUGCGAAACUCGCAGCUUCAGGACGUUCUUCUGUCAUGCGACUUCCACGUUUUGAUUCCUCAUCUUGCACGACAACCUGAUAGGCCUCAUCCAGUGAAGGCAAUGGAUCACGCGAGAGCAGAGAGGAUUUCACAGCACUGAACAGAUUCUCGUCAAGUCCCAUCAAGAACUGAUGAAGUUUAUCUUCUUCACGUUCCUUAGCAAUUUCUUCUGCGGUUUUUGCCCUUUGAAAAUCAGCCAAACUCGUCCAAAGUUUCGUCAACUUUCCAUAGUACGCUUCUACGGCUGAACCCUUCUGGUGACAGUUUGCAAGUUCAGUCUUAAUUCUCUGUACUCGCUGUCCGUUUCUCACCGAAAAACGCUUCUGAAUAUGCAUCCAUAGAUCAUGAGCAACCUCAUGAUGUGAUAACAAACUGCUCAGAUCUGGAGCUAUGGUGAGUUUAAUCCACGAGACAACCAUGGCAUUAUUUGCCCACCAAUCAUCAAUAUCAUCCGAGUCAUCAUCAGGCUUGGGAAUACUACCAUCUGCAAAGCCAAACUUUUUCCUUGCCCGUAAAGCAAGUCGAAUGUUCAAGGACCAUUCAUCAUAAUUCGAUCCUCGAAGCUGUGGUUGAGAGAUGAUAGAUCCAGGGUUAUCGCUUGACGAUAGAUCAUAAGGAGUAAUCCUUCGCCUAGUUUGUGUUCGAGGCGUGGACGUGAGAGUCGAACCAUCCUUGGUUCCACUAGAAUCUUCUCCAGUCAUAGUCGUGGCUCGAAGAGUAUCUUGAUAGAGAGAUCAAGAACACUAGAUGAAAGGAAUGAAGAUAGAAACAGAUCAAGAAUCGAAGACCUAAAAUUUUAGGUUAUAGCUCUGAUACCAUGACAAAACUCUAGCUUGGUAUAAAGAGUUUUCUUAUUUCAUAUCGUCAUAGGCGUUUGCCUUUUAUACAUAGUUGACCUAAUACAAGUUUAGUUAAUUUGCCUAUACAUCCUUAUAUAAAGAGUUAUUACAAACAAGGUCAUAACUCUCUAAAUACUUGAGGAAGAUAACAACCCCUUUAACAUGCAUAAAUGUAACCAUAACACCCAGUAGAAUGUAUUGGAGUUUGAAGUUUGGCGGUAACCAACGGAGUGGAUAAGAAGUUGUGUAAGUUUCUAUAUUUCAGGAACGUUGUUGUAACAGAGUAUUAGAUAGUUGUAGAUACUCCUAGAUUAUCUGAGUCUGAGUCGUAUAUAUGUAAAGCACGUAUGCAAUUAAUAAUAUACAAAAAUUUCCAUAGA